GACUAUCUCUCUCGAGGGCUCGCCAAGAACAUGAAAUUCUCAGAAGAAACUCGUUGGCUAGAAUGGCGCCUUGACUUUGUCAAUUACGACAAAAUGGAAGACACAACUGUGGACAAGAUGGCUUCCGUCCGAGCAUGGGCCAAGGAGGUCCUGCUUGAGGAUACUGAUGGAAGCACUCUACUACUGGAAUCAUCUUUGCCACCCGCGGAACCUUCUGCGGACACGCCUGCUAGUAAAUCACAAGACAUCGGUCCAACUCUAAGAUGGACAUAUUUAGAUCUCGCCUCUGGAAUCCCUAAUAUAAAGUACCCCUACAUGACUAUUCAUCGAUGGCUUUGGAAUCGCGUUACCUCUUUGCGUUCAGCUUUACCGCUUAUUGACUUGGGUGUCGUUCCGCCAGAAUACGCGUCUCUUUCCCGUUUCGCCUGGAACGAGAGUUGGGAUCGGUCGUUAGGCACGGCCACUGUCAACGACGAACUCAGCCAACUAAGAAGCGAGCUACUAUUACAGAAGUCG